AACCCUAGAUGUUUAAUGUACUUAAAUAUGAGCCAAAAACUUAAAGUUGAGUAACAAUUAUGAUCAUAUGCUUUGGAAUGUAUGUCUUCCAAAGAAAAACACUGAAAAAAUACAAAUACUUGAAAAUGUACUUUUAUGUAGAAAGUAAAAAUACUUAAGUAGUGACCGCCUCUGAUGGUAAAACACUACAUAGCAAUACUGUAAACUCAUGUCUCAUUCUUUCCACUGUAAAGAUCAUAUGUGAUGCUACAUGCAUCAUUACCAACGUUGAGGCAAAGUGGCCCGGCUCAGUUCAUGACUCACGAAUGUAUCGUGAGUCAAGCCUGAGCAACAGACUGGAACGUGGAGAUAUUGAUGGCUUUCUCCUGGGGGAUAGGGGUUACCCAUGCCAGCCAACACUUAUAACCCCUUACCCAGAACCUGACCAAGGCCCACAGCAGCGCUUUAAUGUGGCACACUGCAGGACGAGAGCCCGGGUGGAGAUGACCAUAGGCCUGUUGAAAGCACGUUUCCAGUGCCUACGUCACCUUAGGGUCACCCCUGAAAGGGCCUGCGACAUAAUUGUGGCAUGUGUAGUUCUCCAUAAUAUUGCUAUAAUUAGAGGGGAACAACACCCUGCCCUACACAUACAAGACCCGGAGGAAGACCCCAUCCAUCCUUCAGAUUUCCAGGAUGGAAGGGUACUUCGAGACCUAAUAUGCUGCAAUUCUUUCUCUUAAAUUAACCACCAACAUUCCAAAAAAAAGA